GCAUAAAAAAGUCGCUAGCAAACAGAAUCCCGCUGGGGGGCGGGGCGUCCAGGAGAACGGUCACGUGGAGGAAGCGGAAGCCCUAACCAUCUCUCACCUUCGCCCAACCUAUGUUUACACUAGUCUGUGUUUAGGAGGACUGGAGCUCGGUCUUCCUCCUACUUUUGUCACGCCUAGUCCCGGGUGAUGGCUCCGCCUGGGGAUCCCCGGCGCCUCUGCAGGCUGGUGCAGGAGGGCCGGCUGCGCGCUCUGAAAGAGGAGCUGGAGGUGGCCGGAGGUUGCCAGGGGCCAGCCGGGGACACCCUUCUCCACUGUGCGGCCCGCCACGGGCGCCUGGACAUCCUAGCUUAUCUAGUGGAGGCUUGGAGUAUGGAUAUCGAGGCUGCCAACCGAGACUACAAGCGUCCUCUGCACGAAGCUGCCUCUAUGGGCCACCGGGACUGCGUGGACUACCUCUUGGACCGAGGUGCAGCCGUGGACUCCUUGAAGAAGGCCGACUGGACUCCUCUGAUGAUGGCUUGUACAAGGAAGAACCUUGAAGUGAUCCAGGUCCUUGUGGAACAUGGCGCCAAUCCGCUCCUGAAGAACAAGGAUGGCUGGAACAGUUUCCACAUUGCCAGUCGAGAAGGCGACCCAGUGAUCCUCCGGUACUUGCUCACUGUCUGCCCAGAUGCUUGGAAAACAGAGAGCAAAAUUAGAAGAACUCCUUUACAUACUGCAGCGAUGCAUGGCUGUUUCGAAGCAGUACAAGAACUUCUUGAUAGGUGUCUCUAUGAACCAGACUGUAGAGAUAACUGUGGUGUCACACCCUUCAUGGAUGCAAUUCAGUGUGGCCAUGUUAACAUAGCCAAGCUGCUCCUUGAAAAACACAAGGCUUGCCCUUCAGCUGAAGAUCGUCUGGGGGCCCAGGCUCUACACCGGGCAGCAGUCACUGGGCAGGAUGAAGCCAUACAGUUCCUGGUGUCCAGUCUUGGCAUUGAUGUAGAUGUGAGAGCAAAGUCAACCCGGCUAACAGCACUUCUUUAUGCAGCCAAGGAAGGACAGACAAGCACAGUUCAAACUCUGUUAUCCCUGGGUGCCGACAUCAACUCUAAAGAUGAAAGAAAUCGCUCAGCCCUGCAUCUGGCCUGUGCAGGUCAACAUGUGGCUUGCACCAAGUUCCUCCUGCAGUCAGGACUGAAGGAUUCUGAAGACCUAACAGGCACCCUGGCCCAGCAACUCACAAAGAGUAUAGAUAUCCUUCAGGACUUCAACCACACCGUGAAAUCAUAAGGAUGUUUGAAGAAGGAGGCAAUAAAGUCCAUGAUAAUUCACAUCCUGCUUUUUCAGUCACUGACAAAUGAGUGAGUUACUCCUCAGCCAGUGUUUUCCUCUCCUUCUGCCGUCCCUUCUUCAUGUUCCUCUGCUGGAAGACUUGCUAGAUGACCGGGACUCUGGAUUCCUGGCAUGUUGUACGAUCUUGAACACAGCCUUUUCUUUUUUUUUUUUUUUUUCUUUUUUAGACUGUACUGGGGAUUGAAAUCAGAGCCUUGCUCAUGCCAAGCAAGUACCGUGCCACUGAGCUACAUCACCAGCCCCGUGUUUUGUUUCUUCUGCCCUUCAGGUGGAGUGAGAUUAAACAUCAUGUCCUGCAUACCCCUAGGUUUGAAAUGUGUAAUGUGAAUGAAUGUAACAUAGCCUUCUUUAAAUAUAUGAAAAUGUAAUAAAACUAAAAAUGUAAAUUGCUGUUUACUCAAGCUGUAAAACAUAA